AUUCCCGCCUGUUUCUCAGCAUUUUCUUUUUGGAUUUUUCUAUUGAAGAGAGAGAGAGAGAGAUCAUGAUUAAGUUCCAAAUUAAUCUUCGAUCAUCAUGUCCUUGUCCUUGGUGUUGACCUUUAAUCGAACGCUAGUUAUUUCACAAAAACUGAAUUUGAAGAAGCACCAUCUUCUCUCUCUCUCUCUCUGAUCUAUUCUUGUUCUUGUUCUCGAUCAGCGAAGAUAAUUCAAGAUCCAGAUCCGAGAAUUUGGUGAGGUUGCUGGUACUUAGGAAAACCCAUCAAAAGAGGAGGAAGAAGAACGAUCUCCAUGCAAGUAGAUCUCGAUCGGAUCUUUCAAUGCUUAAUUCCUUUCUGCAGGUACACACAAAGACAUGAAAGUAAUCAUGAUUUCUCUGAUCUAUCUCCCUCUCUCAAAACAUAGAUAAGGAACUGCAAACUUAUAUAUUUGGUUACGAUAGUUAUAUGAUAGAUCAUUGUUACAUGACUCAAAGACGUUGAUCAUAUUAACGAGAGUUAGAGAUUAAGGUAGAAAGAUCAGAAGAUUGAUUUCUAUUGUUGACAUGAGCAACAAGCAACAACAAGUUGAAUUAGACGACGAGCAAAUCGCCGAGCUACGUGAAAUCUUUCGUUCUUUUGAUCGGAACAAUGAUGGGAGUCUCACACAACUUGAGCUCGGAUCGCUCUUACGGUCACUUGGUUUAAAACCUAGCCCGGAACAGCUCGAAACGUUGACCCAAAAGGCUGAUAAGAACAGCAACGGUCUGGUCGAGUUCUCGGAGUUUGUGGCGCUUGUGGCGCCGGAGCUUCUUCCGGCUAAAUCUCCAUACACAGAAGACCAGCUAAAGCAGCUGUUUAGGAUGUUUGAUAGAGAUGGAAAUGGGUUCAUCACGGCAGCCGAGUUGGCGCACUCCAUGGCCAAGCUGGGGCAUGCGCUUACUGUGAAGGAGUUGACGGGGAUGAUCAAGGAGGCCGAUACGGAUGGAGAUGGGAGGAUUAAUUUCCAGGAAUUCUCGCAGGCGAUAACCUCUGCUGCAUUUGAUAAUUCAUGGGCUUGAAAUGAAACAUUAAUUAUCAUGGCCGGAUAUUGUUUCUUUUUGGUUGGACAAACUCCCACGCCACGCAGAGUAAGAUUAUUGAUAAUCAUGAUCUACAAUUAUUUGGCUACGUACGCAGGAGCAGAUGAUCAUGAUUCCCUUCAUUCAUGAGUGACGGAUGCAUGAUGAUCAAUAUUCUAGACAUUGGGCUAAUUAGUCAGGAAGAUCGUGUUAAUUUCUUCAUGAUCUCCAGCUCCCAUUUUCUUAGUUAAAAAAGACAUGUUCUAAAUUCUUAGCUUUGUAAGCUUUUUUUUUUUUUUUUUUUGGUUAAUUUCAUGCCCUUUGAUUUUGGAGAUAUUGCGAUCGUUUUCAAAGUGUUGUUUUUAGCGGUUUAUCAUUACUGUUCUGAUCAUUGACACGCUCAAAACAUCAGAAUUGUGAUUUGCAAUUCCUUGAUUUGUUGAA